GCCGGCAGAGGCGGGUGCCGGGUGGAAAGCGGCCGCCGAUUCCUUAGAUUGGCCGAAGUUGCCCGAGGGCCUCGGCCGGGCGCCCCACGUGGUUUGGAACGGUGGGCUCUGAACGUUCUACCGGUGGAACACGGAGUAACCAAUUCGGGUUCCAGGCGAGCAGGGCAAGCGCGGGUCCAGCCCGUUUGGGGGGCAGCAGCCGCUCGUCCACCCCGCCGGCUCUGUCCGGUCUCCCGGUCUGGAGAACUUGCCGUGGUGGGUUAAGGGAGGGUCGACGCUGCGCCGACAGCGCGGGAAAUUCAAAUCCCGGCGGCUUUCCUUCGGGGCACCCCCCAGUACUAACGAAACAUGCCCAGGAAACGUGUGUUGGAAAAAAAUGGCGCACCCAAAGCAAAGCGGACUAAAGUCAGCCAUCAGUCGCAUCGAACAGAGGCGGGCCUGGUGCUGACCUUGGGCCAGGGCGAUCUCGGGCAGCUGGGCCUUGGACCUGACAUCCUGGCGAGGAAGAGGCCUGCCUUAGUAAAGCUUCCUGAGAAGAUCAUCCAGGCUGAAGCUGGAGGAGUUCACACGGUGUGCCUCAGUGAAACAGGCAAAAUCUACACCUUUGGCUGCAACGAUGAAGGGGCUUUGGGACGCGACACUUCAGAGGAAGGGUCUGACUCUGUGCCGGGGCUUGUGGAUCUGAAGGAAAAAGUGGUGCAAGUCUCUGCUGGGGACAGUCACACAGCAGCAUUGACGGAGGAUGGGCGCGUGUUCAUCUGGGGAGCAUUCCGGGACGAAAAUGGUGUCAUUGGCUUACUGGCUCCCACAAAGGGUACUGAGGUACAAGAAUGCUCCAGCGGCAGUUCUGUGCCUGUCGAGCUACAACUGGAUGUGCCCGUAGUAAAAAUUGCUUCAGGGAGCCAUCACUUAGCCCUAGUGUCUGUGGAGGGGAACCUUUAUACCUGUGGUUGUGGAGACAAUGGCCAGCUGGGCCGAGUGCCCCAAAUUUUCACUGCCAGGGGAGGAAGACGAGGACUGGAACGCCUGCUGCUCCCCCAGCCUGUCCCCCUCAAAGGCAGUAAGGCCAAAGGGCAUAUCCAUGAUGUCUUCUGUGGCUCCUAUUCUACCAUAGCCCUCACCCAGGAGGGCCAUGUCAUUGGGUUUGGCCUCUCCAAUUACUACCAACUGGGUUCUGAAAGCAUCGACACUUACUAUUCCCCAAAGAUUCUGACGGCGUUCAAGAACUCCACCAGAUCCUGGGUUGAAUUCUCUGCCGGGCAACAUCAUACUGUGUGCCUGGAUUCGGAAGGCACUGUGUAUAGUCUUGGCAGAGCAGACUAUGGCAUGCUGGGCUUGGGAGAAGGCAUUGAAGAGAAGAGCACGCCCACUGCCAUCCCUGGGCUGGCGAAGGCAUCCUCCGUCGCCUGCGGAGAACGGGUUGGCUAUGCAGUUACAGAAAAUGGGCGAGCAUUUGCCUGGGGCAUGGGAUCGAACCUGCAGCUGGCCACAGGGGAUGAAGAGGAUGCCUGGAGCCCUGUUCAGAUGUCGGGCCAGCAGCUGGAGAACCGCACUGUCCUUUCUGUGACGGGUGGCGGCCAGCACACAGUUAUGCUAGUCAAGGACCAGCAGAGUUGACAAGCUGGGAUUCGAGAUCCCAGCAAGAACUCGGGUGGAGGGAUGGGUCCGCCUCCCUAAAUCUUUAAGGCUCAGAAGACUAGCUUUUGAUGGCAUCCUGUCAUACCUUCUGAUAAUCUUCCUUGGAGAGAAGAAUUAUAUAAAGUGUUCUCCUGAAGGCUGGAAUUUAUUUAAAUCUAAAAAUUGGGUUCCCUCGGUAGCUGGAACAAGGUCUUUGUUUCCUAGCUCCCUUCACCUCCGUGGCGGUUUCUUUCCCUGCUUGUUAACCGUCAAAAAAGGUCAGCUGAAAUUUCCACCUCUUGCCAUGAAACCUGUCUCAGCCCACCUUGGCUGCUAGCCUUAUUUUUUUUUCCCCUUCAGUCCUUUCUGCUUCUCAGAAUUCAGGGAGUUCUAUCAUUCUUUGCUCCUGACACCCACGUUUGUCCUAGGUGACCUGACGUGCUCCCCUUUGUUUUGAACUUGGGUAUUUCUUGAACCUCCCUGUUUCCUGUUUGGCCAAGGUGGUAGAUGGCAGGUACCAACAAUCUGAGCCACACCCAAAUUAAAAAGAGAGGAGUGUGUGGUGGGGACAUGUAGGACAAAUUGGGAUGCUGAUGUCAAAGGGAGACAGGCGAACACAUGGCAUUUGGGGAAGAAAAAAGACAAAAAAAAUACUUUGUUGCUUCCCAAACAUAGCUUGAGAAAGUGUAACUGGGGCAUGAGUCAGCUUUAUGUUACUCCCAUCUAGCCACAGUUGGGGGUCAGCAACUGGAGUGGGGAGUCGCUUGUAAACAACAGUUCUUCCCAUUUUCCAGAACGCUCUGCCCAUUCUCCGUUCCUUUGGGGACGUGACUGAGGUGGUGGUUCUUUUAUUAGCGUAUUACAAACCUGGCUCAAGCCAUCCUCUUUUACCAUCUGCCUGGUGUUUGGGGAGAUGUUUUUAAACCAUUGACUGGCUUCCUUUGAUGGGAGUGUGGAUCAGAACUGGAUUGAAUAACCUUGCUUCUGGGUUGUUGGCCUUUAAACACAUUUUAAACUCGGAGCCCAUCCAUGGGAGCGGCGUGCAGCUGUGCUGGCAGAUUUGCCCUCCCCAGGGCAUUUUCCCCAGUGUAAGGGUGUUUUCGCCAGCGUGUGGCCACCACGGCCCUCCCUAUUGCUGGGAUGCAGCGCCAGACGCUGGCAUCAGGAUCCCAGCACCCCUGCCACUGGCGUGGCGUGGCUAACAUUAGUCUGCUUCCUCCCAACCAUUUGCUGUGCUACUCUGGUGGACAGGGCCUCAGACAUAUGGCACCAAAAAGGGUGGCAUAAGUCUGUUACAGCCAAUGGGGGCUUCUUGGUGGCAGGGAGGCCUUUUUGCCUUUCUAGCCUCCCUAUGUCACUGGGAAGCCUCUUUGGGGGCAGCGGCUGCAGUGCCGUGGCCAGGCACCCAGCCCCUUGGAUUGGGGCUGUUAAUUUUUGAGGGGGGAUGGAGUCAAAGAAAAUAUUUUGGAAGAGAAGCAGAUCUGUACGAUUCUAACAUUUGGAAUAAACUGAGUUUUGAUA